AUGGCCAACAUCAAGUGCUGUAUCGUCCUGCUCCAACUACUGGCACUCAUCUCCGUGGCACUCGCCGGUGCCGCCAUCACCUCCACGCACCUCCAGCUCUACAUGCACGAGACGGUGGCGGCGUCGCCUUGGAGCCCGGCGACGGUGGUGCCCGUGGCGAGGGGCACGACGCCGAUGCCGGGCGACCCCAACACCCGCUUUGGCGACAUGUACGUGAUCGACAACCCGCUGACGGAAGGCCCUAGCGCGACGUCGCCGGCCGUGGGACGCGCGCAGGGGUUCUACCUCUUCGUGGCCCAGCACGAGUUGGCGGCGAUGCACUACCUCAGCUUGGUGUUCACGGCGGGGAGGUACAACGGCAGCUACAUCGUAAUCCAGGGCAGGGACACCAUCCCUGCCAAGGUCAGGGAGCUGCCGGUCGUCGGUGGGGUCGGCCGGUUCCGUGGCGCCACUGGGUAUGGCUUGCUCAGGACGCACUCCUUCGACUCCACCACCAAAAACGCCGUGCUCAAGAUCGACAUGUACCUGAACAACAUGAAGUAGUAGCCGUAUGUU